AUGUCUCAAUCAAAGCCUUCAUUUAAAUCGCACUCACCUUUCUCAUCAAUGCAAGAAGAGAAGAAGGGUCUGUUCUUAGCUUUACCUACCAGCAGUUCAUUCUUUUCAAGAUCCUGGGGCAAAUCAACGCAUGUAAAUAGUCAGCCUUCACCUGUAAAUAUCAUCUUACGGCCCUCUAGUUCGACACCUACUAGCAGUUAUAUGGGUCGAUCGCCAAUACUCGGUAAUUGGUUUCGCAACCCAUUGGAGCAAUUAAAACGGAGGGCAAUUCAUACCGAUCGUGCUGGUUCAUCAUCGGUCAUCAAGUAUCAGAAGCCAAAGGAAUUCAAGUUUCAGUUCAUGCAGUUACCAAAAAACUGCUACUGCUUCUCGGUUGUACAAAUCGUGUUUCAAUCCGGGUCGGUUACCUUGUCCAUUCAUCAAGUCAAGUCCUUAGAAGACUUGUACCUGGCCUGUCAAAGCAAGGUUGACACGUUUAUUAUCUGCUGUAGUAAAGAGAUUUUGGAUAGCCCCGUGCUGAUUCACUUACAAAGCUCGCUUAUCAGCAAUAUGAAAUACUUACAAGAGACAUCCAAAGUCGUGCCGAAGCAGAAGACUGUGAAGAAGUCGAUCAAAAAGGACGAGGUACCCCUAGGUUUAGGACUCGAUGAUCUCAAAACUAUUAAAAGCCCUGAAAUUCCCUCUGUCACGACUAAUGCUACUACUCUGCUUCCAAUAAUGCCACAAAAAAUUCCUCUGAAUCAGAUCAUGCCUACACAUUCCUCGUCCACUUCAGUUAUUAAGGUAUAUGACACCCAUGAACCUUGGGUCAUGGAAUCUGAGCAAAGAGAAAUUAUUAAUCCCUCAAGCUUUUACUAUGAAACAGAAGAAGAAGACAUUGAUCAUGACUGCUCUUCGGCGAACGGUGAAGAAAUUGAAGAAGACCCAAUGAACUCUAAAGCCGCUUUACUUCGUUUGGCAAAGGAAACACUUGAUUAUAUCCAAUCACAUCGUGGAGCUGCAGACGAAUUAAAUCAGCUAAAGCCAAAGCUGUAUAGCUAUUGUUCUUCAAAUCAAACAUUUUGA